AUGGAAUACUCAUUGAAAUAUUCUAGAAAGAAUCAAAGGACUCUUCUAGACUCCCCGGUCACUGAGGAUGACGACCAGCACAAUGAGCCCUUAUCAUUCGUUGAGGAGGUCCCUCUUCCUAUCAUUCAUAUUGCGGAUGCGGUUCUGGAUCGAGAGCAAGCGAAUGCUCCUAUUUACAACAGUUUAAACAAAUACCGCCAAUGGAGAGAACGGUGUUACGCUCCAUCUCCUCCUCUUCUUCUCCGUCCUCUCCACUCGCCUUCGUUGGAAUAUUCUCCCGAUCCGUUUUCAGAUUCUCUCGCCUCUCAUCUAUCACCCCAAAACGACACCGUUUUAUCCCCAACGUACAGGCGCUCUCUUCUUCACAAUCAUCUCCGUUUCAUCUCCACCUUGACCCGUCCUUCGCUUCAGUUGAAAAGACACUAUUGUCUAUCAGUCCAAGCCACUGUCACAUCUUCUAUCCAGUCAGCUCCAGAGGUUUUGGUGGCGGAUAAUGACUUGGCGGAGAAGCUCGGGUUCGAGAAAGUGUCGGAGGAAUUCGUUGAAGAGUGUAAAUCUAGAGCUGUUUUGUAUAAGCAUAAAAAGACUGAAACUAAGGUCAUGUCCAUGUCGAAUGACGAUGAGAAUAAAGCCUUUGGAAUUGUUUUCCGGACUCCUCCGUGA